AACAGGUGCUAUCUGAACAUCUUCGUAAGGGUACUGACAUUCCCCCCCUGUCAGCCGCCGCGCCGGCUUCGCGGACGGUCAUUUCCUUUUGCUUUAAUUCUCUAUGCGACCAGGCAUCACACAAAUCAGGGUCUCGGUAUGCUCGGCGCCGCAACCACGCGAGUGGCUUACGUAGCUGUUGUCUUUAACCACUGGGGCACGUAUAGCGUUUUACUUCAUGGGUUCUGCCUGGCAGGUAACAUCAUAAAAUCCCGGUCUCUUCAGACUUGCGACAGCGCUGUUCUGGGAGAUGAAGCUGACCGAUGUUGAACAUAGUGUCGACCGGAGCCGGCUUACUCCACCCGGGCCCGGGUCUGGGGGAAUGGUGGAGAUCGACCCGGGCUCAGUGGUGAUUGGUUGGACCGUCCCAAGCCGUCGAGCCAAGCCCAAAGCACUGACCCCCGGCGACCCAAAAGCUCAAUUGAACCACGUGACCGAGCUUCCAACAGCUGCCAGGCUCAGAAAAAGUUAUCGCGACUCCAAAUCGCCCAGCUACCCGGCCGAUGAGAAGGAGGAGAGGGGACCGCCGCCGCACGACAUAACCACCACACCUCCGACCCCAUUCCCGAAGACGUCCACCCACUUUCUCUUGUCGGUCAUUUCAGUCUAA